AUGAAUUUAUAUAUAUAUGAUCAUGUGAGGCUGAUUUUGCUUGAUUUUGAAAAUGAAACUUUAAAUUUGAAAUCAUCAUUACAACCCACAAAAAAGCCAUGGGCCCAACAUUUAACGAUUAAUAAUGAUGAAUCAACCACUUCCGAUCAAGUAUGCCGCUUGAAAGAAUUAUUUUCAAAAUUAAAAGCAAAGAUGAUGCGGAAAUUAGGUCGUCGUGCAAAACCCUUUCAAAUGAAAUUUGAAUUAGUACAUACUUUUGGACAAUUGGGAGUGCAGGGAAAUGACGAUGAAACACUUUCAUUACCGAUAGAUGUGAAAGUUUCUUAUACACAUUCCUGUAUUUUGGUCAGUGGUUUUCGGAGAAUACAAGUAUUUGAUUUGCACACAAAACAGUUUAAAUCAUCAAUAUCUUUCUCUUCAGAGGUUCAUAAUUUGGUUCCAAAUUUUUUAUGUGUGGAGGAGCUUUAUGAAGAAGAAAGAGAUGCAUUGCUGUUAAGUGGGACUCACCUAAUUUAUAAAUAUGAUUUGGAAUUUUUAUUACAAACUGUUGCAACAGUUGACAUGAAUGCAGAUACAUGUCUUUGGAAAUCUGACAUGGUUGUAAGCCCACAAGGAAUAGCAAUAGAGAAACAGUUACAACAAGCAUUUAUCAGUGACGCUCAUUGGGCGUAUAUUGUUGUUCUAGACUUAAAAACUGGAGAGUUAAUUAAUUUCAUAGAACUAUGUAUGUUUCCGUAUGGAGUUGCUGUUACGACAAGUAUUGAGAUGAGCGGAACACUUUACGUGAUUUCUGCAGGAACGAAUGCAGAUAACUGUAUUGAAAUAAUGAAGAGAAAUAACGAUGGUUUUUACACAAAAAAGGCACAAUUUUGCGACUAUGGACAAGAGAUAGGGAAUCUUUGGUUACCCAAUGGGCUGGUAUUUGAUCACAAAGCAAAGAACCUCAUUGUAAGCGAUAAAGAACAACAAUUAAUUCAAAUAUUUACGUUGGAAGGAAAUUUUGUAAUUUCUUUUAAGGACGAAAUCAAUUUAAAAAGACCUGUUGGGAUGUGCUUGAAUGAGCUUACCGGAGAGUUGUUGAUUUGCAAUUUUGCAGAUCACACCGUCAAAGUUUAUAGAUGA